CCUGACAAGAGUGGGCUGUAAGUGAUUUGAGUACACAGUAUCCUGCCUACAUCUUGGAGACGUUGCUCUGAUGAGUGAGACUGCAGGGACUCUAGGGAACACAAAUAAGCAAGAAGUAGGAGCAACCACAGCCACUGCAAAUGGGCAGCUGCAUGGUUCCAGGUCAAGGACUGACCUGAUAACAAAGAUGGAGGGGCCAUGCCAAAUUCUAUGUGUGUGGAAUCUGCCAAGGGCAUAGCUGCUGUCUGGUUUGCGUCUAAGAACAUGUACCUUUUGGGGAGAGAGCUCAGCUCAUAUUGGAAGAUGGAAGCUUCAGAGUCGGAUUUCAACCUGAAGGUCGUCCUGGUCAGUUUUAAGCAGUGUCUGACGGAGGACGAGGAGGUACUGCUAGACCACUACAUCAACAGCUGGAAGGGACUGGUCAGGUUUCUGAACAGCCUGGGCACCAUCUUCUCAUUCAUCUCCAAGGACGUGGCCUCAAAGCUGCAGACCAUGGAGCAGCUGCGGAGUGGCCCACAGCGUGAGCACUACACUAGCCUGCAGUCCAUGGUGGCCUAUGAGGUUGGGAACAAGCUAGUGGAUCUGGACCGCCGCUCCCGCUACCCUGACUCUGGCUGCCGGACUGUGCUGCGCCUGCACCGUGCGCUGCGCUGGCUGCAGCUGUUCCUGGAAAGCCUGCGCACCAGCCCCGAGGACGCACGCACUGCGGUGCUCUGUACUGACUCCUACAACGCCUCACUGGCGGCCUACCACCCCUGGAUCGUGCGCCGGGCUGUCACCGUGGCCUUCUGCACGCUGCCCACCCGCAAGGUCUUCCUGGAAGUCAUGAACGUGGGGUCCCCCGAGCAGGCCAUAGAGAUGCUGGGUGAAGCCCUGCCCUUCAUUGAGCAUGUGUAUGACGUUUCCCAGAAGCUCUAUGCUGACAACUCCCUGCUGGACUUGCCCUAGGGACCAAUCCCGGGCCCAGUGGGCCUCCUUUGCUCAGAGCUGGGCUGGGGCAGCCUGGGGCAGCUGGGGCCCUUCCAGCGCACAGCAGGGCUUGUUGAGAACCGCAGGCUCUGGCAGGAAAGGGGGUGGGCCCUGGAUCAGGAUGGGCACAGGCUGGCUGUCCUCCUGGUCCUGGACACAGUGCCUGAGCUCAGCUUCCACCUCAGCCUAUACACACGUAUUCAGCCAGGCUUCCCUGAGGUGGGGGACGUGGAGGCAGGAAUAACCCAGGACGUUGGCCAUACCACUCGAGUGUGGAACCCCUGAAGUGGUGUGAAGCCACAGACUCCUGGCACCACCAGGCUCCAUCUUCCCUUCAACCAAAGUGCUCUGCCCGUGUAUCUCCCUGUGCCCAUCCCAGGCCUGGGACACAGCAUUUGUGCACAUGGACAGCCCUAGGCCCCUCCAUACCACUAUACCCCCAGAAGGGUGAGCAUCCUUGGGUGCUGGGGGCCUUCUGCUUGCCUUUCAGCUACCUCCUUUCUACAUGCUGAGCAGACGGGGGGGGGGGGGGGUCCCUUGUGUACCUGGCAGUAGCAACUAGGAGCUAAAGCCUUGACCGUGGCCUUUUCUAGAAGGUCCCAAGAAGGCCCUGCACAGG